AUGACGUCAAUUUCCCAAACGAAGGAGCUGUUCAGGACAGCAGAUGCUGUGUGUUUCGAUGUGGACAGCACAGUCAUCAAAGAGGAGGGCAUCGAUGAACUCGCCAAAUUCUGUGGUGUUGGGGAUGCCGUCACUGAGAUGACUCGGAAAGCAAUGGACGGCUCAGUGACGUUUAAAACGUCCCUGAUUGAGCGUCUCUCCAUCAUCCGAUGUUCCAGAGAGCAAGUGAACAAGCUGAUAACAGACCACCCACCUCAGCUCACACCAGGCAUCAGGGAGCUGGUGGACGAUCUGCACCAGCGCAACAUGAAGGUGUUCCUCAUUUCAGGAGGAUUGCGCUGCAUCGUCGAACAUGUGGCCGCUCAGCUGAACAUUCCUCUGCAGCACCUCUAUGCAAACAGGCUCAAGUUCUACUUCAACGGAGAGUAUGCUGGUUUUGAUGAGAGUCAGCCCACAGCUGAGAGCGGUGGAAAGGGGAAGGUCAUCAACCUGCUGAAGGAACAAUACGGCUUCAAGACCGUGGUGAUGAUCGGGGAUGGAGCCACUGAUCUUGAGGCCUGCCCUCCUGCUAAUGCAUUUAUUGGAUUUGGCGGGAACGUCACCAGGCCGCAGGUGAAGGAGAGGUGUUCGUGGUACGUGACCAGUUUCGGGGAGCUCCUAAAAGAACUGGAGAAGAUUUAA